CCCCCCCCCCCCCCCCGAUGCUCAUCGCUUCUCUCAUGCAACCAAGUGGGAACAUGCCCGAAUCGACAAUUCGCGCCUGUUUUGAACGGCGGGGGAGAGAGGCAAUCGCAUCCUCCAUCCUCCGCUUCCACACCAGUCGCCCCGUCAGGCUUCCAUUUCUUCCACUGUCGGUUGGGAGAAUGAGGGCAUGAAUGAUAGGCCGAUCAUGAGCGGUAAGCAAAGAAGAAGGCCAAACGCAGGAUGUUGUCGGUUUCUGGCUCUGGAUCAAACCGCGGUGUUCCUUGCCCGUGAAGCAGACCCGGCAGGCUGGCAGGACGACAGAUAAGCAACGGCUGCCCUUGUCGAGCAGGGUGGUCCUUCAGUCCCACGUUGUCGUUCUAGAUCGCUGCAGACCUACCUGCCUGCCUUGUUUUCCGCUUGGGUGCGCCGAUGGUACCGAUGCUGCGUGCGAUGGCCUCCUGGACAACGCAUCACGAUGGCUACUUCAGCGCGAGCGCGCGCGCUGCCUUUGCUGGGCCUGCGAGAACACCGGCCAACGGAUGUGCCCUCGUCCGAUCUGUUCGCCCUACCUACUCUGCGCCCACAGUCUGCGGCCCACGGUCUGCGGUCUGCACGCCUUGCCGCAACGUCACGCACGCCUGGCUCGGUACCUUGGCUAUGCUCUAGGUUACAGUUUCUCCUCGACUAUCCUGGUCCUCAUCAUACAUGGUCCAUUCCAAAUAUGCUUCCAUGCAUCCAUACCUAUGCUCACGGCCAUGUCGCUUCUCCGCCCGCCCCCCCUUGGCUUCGGACGUCCCUCCCGCCUUACCGGUCUACACCGUACGUACUUGAAAACCUAUCGGACAAGAGGAGAUGCAAUGCUACAGUGGUAGCGUCGAUGGGCGAGGGGUGUUUGGGAUGCAAAAGGGGCGGACGAACGAGGGCCACAACCGAGAGGGGUUUGUUUUUUUGCGUUUAUUUUUUGGCGGGGGGGGGUUUUUUUUUUCUACCUUUGCCAAACGAGAGGGGCCUGCAUAUUCACAAGCCUGUAGUAGGGCUUGCGGUGUCUCUCCAAUUUUGAGUGCGUUUCAUUUUGAGGAAUUCGCGAAUCGGUGUAGCGAAUCCAUUGAGGGGUCGGAGACACCAGGGCAGAGGGGAAAGCACGGGAGGUUAUUGGCUCA